GAGAAAAAAAAAAAAAACGAAGAAGAACCACAGGUCCACCGCAAUGUUUGAUCACAAUGAUCUACAUCUACAGCUUGUUUUAGGUAGCAGCACUAGCAGAUGAUAACGAGCACUGCCUCACCGCUUGUAACUGCCUGUGUCACAAGGACGAAGGCGAUUCAUGAUGCUUGUCGAGGGAAGAAUGUUGACGAGAGGUGUAUAGGCAGAGGGAAGUACAACACAUAUCUAGGUACAUUUAAGGCUUCCUACCCUUCCUCACAGUGGAAGCGACAUCCCCAGCAGUAUGUAUAUGUGCUGCCCAACUCUGCUGUGCCAUCAGCACCGAAAAAGGUGCAGGAGCGCACUAGGAGGCAGCGAGUACUGAACACUGUGUUCAUGGAGAGCCUGUCAAAUAUUAUGGUUACGGGGGCCAUAAGCGAAGAACUGAAAGGCUUCGCCGUUGAACUUACACAGGUUCGUGUGUCUGCCGACUGCACCCACUUGAAUAUUUAUUGGGUUACUGCACUGCAAGAGCCUGGUGUGGACAAAAAGGUUGCCGAAAUUCUCCAUUCAAGUGCUGGAUAUCUUAAGUCAGAAUUGAUCAAGAAUGGCUUCAUUGGCAAAGCUCCAAAAAUUACUUUUGUGAGAGAUGUUACUCAUGGAAGAGCUGCUGAAGUGGAGCGACUUAUUGACAAAGUUUGUGCUGACUUGCCACCUGAUUUGGACCAUUCAGCUAGCAGAGACCUGCAAGCUUCCGGAAGUGAAGGUGCAAACACUGCAGAAGAGAGCUUGCAAACUGGACCCUAUGUUCCUCCUGAAAUGAAGAUGGACAUUUAUGGAUUGGACCGUGCAGCCCUCAUAAGGCAGGUUCUGCUCAAGACCAAAGGGCAGAGUAGGAUUCCUUUAGAAGAACUGGCCCCCCUUAAGCCUGGUAGUCACAACUCUGAGGAAGCACAAGCCAGAAUCUUAAGCCUUGCAGAAUAUGUGCGACAGAGGAAGCGGAAGAGUAAUUUGCAGGUUAAGGCUGAACGAGAGGCACAGAGGAACUUGCAAAGUGUACAACUGAGCCCAAGCAAUGAGCUACUGUCAUCUAGCACACCAGACUCAAGAGUGGACUCUGAAGACAUAUAUGAUGAAGAUGACUUCUGUAAUGUAUCAUUUUUAAAAGAGGAUUAAGAUUUUUUUUUUAAAUGCC